AUGAUCAAUCUACCUGGAAAAGAAGAAUUUUUCAAAGAUUUGAAAAAUAUAGGUAUUGAAGACAUUGAAUAUAUUAAUAAUAUAGUGCCAGAACUUGACAUUGUCAACAACUGUUUAAAGAAGCUUUUAGAAUUGAAUGGGAAAACUCUAAGCGAUGUUGAAAAACAAGAAGCUAUGGAAACUGCAGAAACAAUGCUAAAAUCGGCUUACCAUGGCUUGCUGUAUGCUGGUUUUAAAUCUGAACCGAUCACAUCUGUCACAUUUCUGUCCAACGGCACUUCUAUUUUCAAGCCUCUUCAAAAAAUGCUGAAGUUGAUUAAUUUUUGGAAAACAUUUUCUGAAGCAAAUAAAGAACAUGAAGCACUGUUCUACAAAAAUCUCAAACAAGUCAUGAAUAUUGCAAAGGGUCUUGAAGAAUCUAAUAAAGACAUUCAGAGAUUGCAGAGCCUGAGAAAUGUCACAAAAGAAUAUGAGAGGUUUUAUUUGAAGAACAUCAGAAAUCCGUGGUUGCUUAAAAUAUUCCAAGUGAAAAGAACAUCGUUCAAUGAUUUACCAACUGGCCUCGAAACUGCUUCGGAAAUGCUCGACAACUUCAAUAAUGAGUUGAAAGCUUUUGCUGGGAAUUUACAAAUGUACGAUGGAUUCGAACAACUUCAAAAAUUAGUCCCAUCGGUCCCACUGGAUAUUGGAAACCUGACAGGAUUCGUGACAGAAUUCAAUAAAUGCAAUAGUUUACCGGUAAAACCAAUUUUACAAACAGAAAUAAGUAAUCUCAUCGAAAAUGUAAAUUCGGUUCAAAAGCUUCACCGUGUGUUGGUUCACGUUUCAUCAUUAUCAACCGAUAUUCUCAAAAAGUAUACGAAUGAGAAUGAGUGGUCUUUCGGGAUGUCGUAUACGAUGAAAUGAUUGAAGAAGCUUUGAAAAAAUUUAGUGAAAAUGGCACUUUGGCAAACUUAACAAAGAUUACUACAAAUUGCCGAGAUGUUUUUUGAUUGGGCAGCAGAAUACAAGUUUACUAUUCAACAACUCGACGAACUGAAGGACAAAGAAAAAACACUACAAGAUGAAUCCUUCACAGAGAUGCCAACUAAAGAAAUGGCAGUUUUCAUCUGUUUUCAGAAGUUGGAGAAAGACUCUGAGAAAUUUCUAAAAGUAAUUCAAGUGGUUCAGCAAUUGAGGAGUUUAAAUAAGGACUCUGUUCAAAAUAUUCAGCAGAUACCUCCAAUCGUUUCCGAGUUUUUAAAAGAGCUUGCUACAGUGAAAGAGAUUCCAAAGAAGAUGAGUGAAAAGUCAAACGAUAAGUCUCUAAAGUUGAAUUCGCUGUCAUAUAGUCAAUCUAGUUCAAUUAAGAAUAUAGUUUCUUCUCUCCGAAAUGUCUAUAAUCUCUUGGAUAUGGAAGCCCCGAUCAAUCUGCUGAAGAAUGUCGACACCAUUGUUCCAGCAAAGCUCAAAUCUCAAUGGGGAGAUCACAAGGCUGAUAUGGAUUCUUUAAAAGCUACCAUGACAGAAGCAAAAGCUUUUGUAGCCGAGCUCGAAGGUUGCAGAGCUAAAACAUUGCUAGAAUACACAGAUCCAUUGAAGAGCUUGUCAAAGAUUCCUGAUGUCAAAAUGAAUGCAAGUGAGAAAUCCAAAGUGAUUGAGGAGCUGAUUAAACAGAACAGUAACGAUGAUUUGAUAGCUGCAAAGGAGACACUCGACAAGAUUGCUGCCAUGGAUCUUCAAUUCUCGAGUGUUCAGUAUCAAGAGGCUGCGUUCAAGGAUCUUCAGGACGUGUUGCGAACCUACUGGAAUCAGACAGCGAUUUGAAU